GGAGAAGGGGGGUGGGGGGUAGUCAACCCUUCUUUGGAGGCUAUUCUAGCCUCCCUCUCAUCCCCUCAUCCCCCCCCACCCAAACACACACACACUUCAAUGCUUCCUCUGCUGAGCUGCUGUGUGCUGCUGUGUCUCUGGCCCCUCUCUGCCUCCCUCCAGCAUCAGCACCAGCACCAGUCGGGUUGCGGAGAGAUGGGUUGCAUCAACAGCAUCACCUGCAAGCCGCAGAUCUGCCGAGAGACCAUCUCGGUGUACGAAGUGUCCGCCAGCAUCGACGCUCACCCCACGUCCAUCGACGAGUCCUCCGAGAUCGUGCUGCGCUACAGGACGCCUUAUUUCCGAGCCUCAGCCCGGGUCUGCAUGCCCCCUGUGCCCAGGCACCACACCUGGGUGGUGGGUUGGAUCCAGGCUUGCCAGCACAUGGAGUUUUACAAUCAAUACGGAGACGCAGGCAUGUCCAGCUGGGAGCUGCCAGAUCUCAGAGAUGAAAAGAUUCAGGCAAUAAGCGACUCGGAUGGAGUGAACUAUCCCUGGUACGGCAAUACCACAGAAACGCACACCAUUGUGGGUCCCACCAAAAGGGAAGUCCGAUUCAUCGUCAGCAUGAACGAUAACUUCUACCCGAGCGUUACCUGGGCCAUCCCCGUCAGCAAGUCCAACGUAGCCCAGCUGAGCAGUAUUAGGAGAGACCAAAGCUUCACCACCUGGCUGGUGGCGUCCAACGAAGUCACCAGCGAGGUCAUCGUCUUGCAAACGGUCAAGUGGAGGAUGAAGCUUCACAUCGCGGUCGAUCCUAAGAAGCCUCUGGGACAGCGUGCCAAGCUGAUGGAGCCGCUCGAACAAGAGCGGCCUCAGAUCCUGAACAAGAACGAACUCAUCCCAUCUAAUGCCCUGAUGAAACCCAACGCAAACGAUGCUCAGGUAUUGAUGUGGCGGCCAAAGAAUGGGGACCCUGUCGUGGUCAUACCAUCAAAACAUUGAUGACUGUGGAUCACUUGCAAUUUGCUGGAUUCUGGCAAGACUUAAAUGCAGACAAGGUGCCCAAAUAAAUAUGAAUGCACUAAAUCAUGCAAGAAAUACAACCGCUCUACCUUAGAAAGGAAUGGGAGAAUCACUGUGCUCGAACCCGAUUGUUUGCCGAGCAAAGGCCGUUGCACUGUGUGUUCAUGGGAUCAUUUCAUGACCUAGGCAUUUGGGUUGACUUCCAGUCAUCUUUCGAAGCAUUGCACAACCCUGAAGAAACAUUAUUAAAUGUUGGUUAAAACUGGAAUGCACUUGCACAAGAACAAUUUGCAGUUUUGUUUUUGUAAAGGAAUCUCCGAGCCAUGCUGCCUUAAGUUAGUUGAAAGCAUCUCAUUGCCUUAUGAGGUUCAAAUGUACUUCACAAUGAAUACAAAACUGAAUGCCGUCUCAUUACAAACUGCAAUAGUAAAGUAGCCCCACUGAUUUCUGUGGAAGCCAUUGAAUUCACACCCAAAUCUGCCGAACAGCUAUGGUAUAAGGAUCGCAGGCUCAGUACUCAGAAGCAGGGGUUCCUUACGUUAUGUUUUAAUGUAGGGGUUCCUAAACCAUUUAAAUGUAAAUGGGAAUACAACUUGCAACUGUGACUCAUCGCAAGUACGAUUUGCAAAGAUAAAAAAAUAUAAAGUCCGUCGUAAAUAGAGGUUCAAAUAAUUGAGUCGAGUCUCUCCUCUGAUGAAGAUCCCAGGUUCGGAUUUCAUGAGGAUCACUUAAUUGUUUGAAGCCCAAAUAUAAGCCGUUAUGGAUGUUUACCCCUACUUUCUUAGUCAUUAAUAGCUGUGUAACUUUAAUGUCCAUGAUGUCCACUGAGUUCCUCACUGGUAAGUAACAUGGAUCAGCGAGGUUUAAAGCUCUUCAAGGUCUAUUGAGAUUCUUUUAGAAGCUUAAAUUCUCCGCGAUGGAGGCUGGAAAGCUAAAGAAAUAAUCAAGGGUUGCUACCAGGGGUUCCAGAGGAAUGCACAUUUUCUCUCUCUUGCCCCUUCCAGGCCAAGAAAGAAACCUACUGUUCAGGUUUUUUUUCAGCAUUUAACUCCCCCACCCAGCCCCCUGCUCAGGCAAAUGAUGCAAAAAUAUCUCCAGUAACAAAUGAUGUGCCAGGAAAGAUGCAGGGCAGGAGCCAUUGAAUUUUCCAGUCAAUCUACCACAUCGCUCAUUUUCUCAUUGCAUCUUCCUGGCUACUCUUCUACGUUUUAUGCAUUGCCUAAGUUCCUUUGCUUCAGAUGGAGGUUAAGUGAAAUUGAACGAUGAAUGCAAGACUCCAUGUUACCCACCUUCUAAGCAGCAUCUUUUCAGAGCAGUGUUAGGGGUACUCAAGCCUCAAAACACCGUUAUUUAUUUAAUUUACGUGGCUAUGAAGUUUUUUAUUUAAAUGAUUUCAAGCUUGAAGAGUAUUUAUAUGGUUUUAAGUGCAAAAGUAUUUUUUUGUUAUACUGUAAAUAAAAUGCAGCAUUAGAAACCAUCGACGAUACUUGAAAUUGGAACAGAUUUUGUUUGAAUCUGAAACUGUGAAAGCUGCAAAAUAAAUGUAAAAAAAAAAUUCUAUGAAAAGGGCAAAAGCAAAAGUCUUGCAGCAAUCUUGUUAUUUAUUGUUCAUUGCAUCCUACUGCUCAAACAAUAAAUAGGUAAGUAAGAGAUCACCUUGCACUACCUCUCCCUUUUAGAAGAUUUCAGCUAAACCAGAAUUACAUUUUUAAAUUCUCCUUUUCAAUAAAAAAAAGCUGUUCUCAAUUUACAAACCCUCCAAAUAAUCUUGCCAACAAAUCCCCUCUUUUCUUACUUCCAAGACAAAGUGGAUCAAAGUUAGAUUUCUGAUCUCUCUCUUCCCCCUCCGCCUGCUGGAUGGGUGCCAGUUGGGAGGACUCUUGCCUCUGAGUCAGAAGGUCUUAGGUUCAAGUCCCACGUGGAGACUUUGAACUCCCAGUCUAGACUGAAACUGAGGUCCCUUUUACCUGGUCUAUUGGCUUUUAAAGACCCCAUGACACUAUUUGAAAAGAAAAGGGAAUUUCUCCCGGGGUCCAACCCAACAAUCCCACCGAUAAAACUGCUCCUUUAUUUCAUGGCUGUUUGUGGAACUUUUCUGGAUGCAAAUCGUCUGUCGCAUUCACCAACAAAAUACGAUGUCACUUGACAGAAACUUUGUGAAAUGCUU